AUGGCCGUCGGCAAGAACAAGAAGCUUUCCAAGGGUGGCAAGAAGGGCCAGAAGAAGAAGAUCACCGAUCCCUUCGCCCGUAAGGAGUGGUACAACAUCAAGGCCCCCUCCGUGUUCCGCUCGCGCAACGUUGGCAAGACCCCCGUCAACAAGACCGCCGGCACCAAGCUGUCGCAGGACGCUCUUCUUGGCCGCAUCGUCGAGGUCUCGCUCGCUGACCUGAACAAGGAUGAGGACCAAGCCUUCCGUAACAUCAAGCUCAGGAUCGAGGAUGUCCAGGGCAAGGAUGUGCUCACCAACUUCCACGGCAUGAACUUCACCACCGACAAGCUCCGCUCGCUCGUCAGGAAGUGGCAGUCGCUCAUCGAGGCCCACGUGGACGUCAAGACCACCGACGGCUACUAUCUGCGCAUCUUCGCCAUCGCCUUCACCAAGCGCAGGCCCAACCAGCAGAAGAGGACUUGCUAUGCCCAGUCCGCUCAGAUCCGUCAGAUCCGCGCCAAGAUGGUCCAGAUCAUCGUCCGCGAGUCUACCACUGUUGACCUGAAGGACCUCGUCGUCAAGUUCAUCCCUGAGGCCAUCGGCAAGAUGAUCGAGAGGGAGUGCAAUGGUAUCUUCCCCCUGAAGGACGUCUACAUCCGCAAGGUCAAGAUGCUCAAGACCCCCAAGUUCGACGCUGCUAAGCUGGCUGAGCUCCACGCUGGUGGUCCCGCCGCCGCGGAGGACCUCGGCGCCAAGGUUGAGCGCACCGAGGAGGCUCCCAAGGAGGAAUCUGCUUGA